CUGUACUUUGACCUCCGUUUGUUAAUGUUCCAAUACCAAAUUUCCUCCUCCUUUACUUGAUUCACCCCCUCACUUCCUCUAUGGUCCAGCCAAACGAUUAGGUGGUGGGUUUCCUUCGAGACUCUCCACUCCAAGGCCAUCGCUGCUGCGAGCCCCCCUCCUCCUAUUUCCUUCGAGGCAUUCAUUCUCUCUCGGACAUUCCGUCGAGCACCUGGUCGGCAGCUCUGUUUUCGUGCUGUGUUUCCGGCCCUUGCGGUGGUUUUUUUAUUCUUUAUUGUGGUUGUCGGUGGGAUUCGUAGAAUUGAUUCCGGUUCUCCGUCCGCGCGUCUUCGGCGAGGGAGAUGGGCUCGCUGGAUCGAUCUAAGAAGAGGAUCCAGCUUUGGAAGAAGGCGCUCGUCCACUUCGCGCUCUGCUUCGUCAUCGGAUUCUUCACUGGCUUCGCGCCGCCCAGCGCAGCUAGUCUCUUCUCCAUCGGCGCCGCCGAGCGACCGCCCGUCGUUGUCGUCGUCCCGGCUGCUCCCUUGGCGGCCGCGGGGCAGGUUGUCGAGCCUGCCGGGUCGACCGGCAACAGGUCCCUCUCUGAGAUCUCCAGAUCUGUGCCUGUUCCCGCCGACAACGACGUCGACCCGCCGCCGCCCCGCGAGGCAGCCGCGGUGGCGCCUUCACCGCGCGAGCGGCUGCUGAUCCUGGUCACGACGACGCGGCGCGACGACCGGUUCCGAGGUGCGUUCUUGCGGCGGCUGGCGCACACUCUACGGCUGGUGCCGCCGCCGCUGCUGUGGAUCGUCGUUCAGGCGAGCGAGGAUGCUGGUGCCACAGCAGCUAUGCUGCGGAACACCGGUGUCAUGUACAGGCACUUGACCUUUAAGGAGAACUUUACCGACCCGGAGGCGGAGGCCGACCACCAGCGGAACGUCGCCCUUAGUCACGUCGAGUACCACCGACUCACUGGGAUCAUUCACUUCGCUACCGCAUCCAACGUCUACGACCUACAAUUCUUCGAGGAGAUAAGACAUAUCGAGGUUUUUGGGAUAUGGCCAGUAGCAAUGGUAUCUACAAACAGGAAAAGGGUGGUUGUGGAUGGCCCAGUUUGUAACUCAUCAAAGGUACAAGGAUGGAUCUUAGAGGAGUUGAACAAUGACAAUAAGUUGCUGCUCGGUAGUACUGACAAGAACCAUAAACCCCCCAAAAUAAAUAUUUCUGGCUUUGCAUUCAAUAGCUCAAUAUUGUGGGAUCCUGAGAGGUGGGGGCGCCCUACUUCAUUGCCUGACACAUCACAGGAUUCAAUCAAGUUUGUGCAUGAAGUCAUCCUAGAAGAUGAGACUAAGUUGAAGGGAAUUCCUGCUGAUUGCUCCAGGAUCAUGGUGUGGCACCUUAACAUGCCAAGUGUUCUUACCCUGCCCUUCCAUUCUCCAAACCAAGGUAGAAGGUAGACAAUGAGAGGAUGAAUCAUUUAUAGAAGUGUAAAUGAGAGAGAGGAAAAAAAAAAGAGAAGAAAAUGUUACUUCCAAUUCUUAUUUAAUAUCUUUUGGGUAAGGCUAAUUAUGACGCCCUCUCAAACCAUUUUUUUUGGCGAUUACACCAAGGUAUUAUUUCAUAAGGUUGGCGACUUUAUAAUUGA